GCACAGUCUCAGAGCGUAAACCACGAGAGUCAUCCAGUGCCUAGCAUGUCAUGAUGUUUCUGGCUGAAUGUGUCGCGAUGUCACAAGCCUUCUGCAUCGUGGAUGCUUGUCACUGUCUGCUACCGCACGCGACAAUUUAGCACAUGUCAAGUGCACAGUCUCAGAGCGUAAACCACGAGAGUCAUCCAGUGCCUAGCAUGUCAUGAUGUUUCUGGCUGAAUGUGUCGUGAUAUCGACGGCCUUCUGCAUCGUGGAUGCUUGUCAGAGUUUUCACUUUGUGCAGCCUGACAGUCACUGUCUGCGACCGCGCGCCUCUCUUCGGCCCUUGCAAGGACUGUGAGUACCUAGGUUUUGUUGUCCUAGCUGAGGCAGCAGAAUAUGGUGUAAAUGUGCAAUUCACGUAGGCAUAAGCAUGUAUGCUGCGUUGCGAAGGAGACGAAGACAGCUACAUCUGGCGCAGAGCACGACGUGGAUGUAUAUGAAAGUCUUCCCUUCACGCUGCUGCACAGUUCGCGUGCUUUUGCUGUCUCUCGUGACCUGACUGCCGCUGUUUCAUCGUGACUUACAGAGAGCCGCUUUGCUCUUGUGCAGUCAGACACAGGUCGACAACGGGAAGAUAUCGAAUUUGCGAGAAGUCACGCGCUGGUGCACAGGCGGUCUAGAUAUGAGGCAAACUAUUGACCGUGGCGUGGUCUUGCUACACGAUAGAAGUGCAUGAGGUACGAUGGCUCAGGGCUAGACAAAGGAUUGCAGGCGUGGCAGCGUGCGACAUUCGAGCUGUGCGAUGACAUGAGACGACUAUGAAGAGGACGAAGGAUGCGAUGUGGCAACGAGGCAUGAAGGUCAUGACGGUGAUGAGGACACAUGAAGAGCAAGGCAGUGGAGAAAGUCAUGAUCAUUGAAGUCAGCUACCUGUGUGGAAUUCAUCGGCAGUAUCUAAGCAAAGACCAAGCGCGGCACGGCAAGACAAGCCAGCGACAGCAACCGUGAGGCUGAAGAUGGUGUGGCAGAGGGCCACGACAAGAUGCGACGAUGAGAUCUGGAGAAGAGAUAAGUCAGCGAUGUUCAUGCAGGAAGAUACCAUCACCUGUGAUCGAGUCUGUCUUGGCUUCAGGAUGUGCGACGGCGAGGUCGACACGAAUCCCUACUGACACUGGACACCACGUGAAGGUGCAGACUCAUCGUCCAGCUGGGUCCCCCAGUAGCACCCGAAGAUACCACCAGGAUCAUUCCCAUGCGUCACGGCCUUGCGACCGAUCAGCUUGUCCGACACGAUGUCCUUCACCGACAAAGAGCGUAUGUUUUGCGAGGUCCCCAAUUAAGGUCGCCUCUGCGCCGUCCGCCUCGAAGUGGGAUCACCACAACUGGCAGUCCGCGC